AUGUCGAACAAUAGAAACAGCUGCCCGAACGGGUACACCAACGGCUACGAAAGCACCAACGGUAACGCAAAUAGGCCUCCUGGAAGCGCCGCGAACGGCUUCAACAGCACCGAUAACAACACCUAUGGCAACCCCUACGUCAACAACCCGCGCUCGAACAACGGCGAUAAUGGGCAUGCGAACUUUCCUUCCGCAGGGAGCAACAACUGGACUCCCAGUAUCGCAAUGGACUUCAUGGCUGCCCGCACCCCAAAUGGUGCAGACCCCAUUGGUGCCCCCUUCACGUCCGGCCGCGGUCCGACCUACAAUGAUAUCCCGCGCGGUCAAGGAGUCGGUAGCCACUGGCCUGGAACCAAUGGUAGUCGCGGAGCAAGCAUCUACAGCGGCGGCGGUGUGAUCGGUGGGAGAAUGGGAGGACACUGGCCUGGCACGACGCCUGAUAGUAGCUACGGCCCGCCAACGCGGAUAAACGAUAUGCGAAGGAUGUAUGGAAUGGGACCCUUUGACCGGGUGGACAGUAACGGCUACUGGAUGCCUCGUGGCAAUUUUGAGGGGUAUGAAGGGGCAUCGGGAGGUGGUAAUAACUGCGGCAACGGGAACGAGGGUUCUCCGGAUCAAUGGGGUCCUGGCCGACGAUGA